UCGUCGUACUCUCAGCUGCUCGCGGCUACGUGUUUGUCUAAGCUGGUUUCUCGGACCGCCAACCCUCUUCCCCUCGAGCAACGCAUCGACAUCCGGAACUAUGUUCUGAAUUAUCUGGCCACGCGGCCCAAGCUCGCAGCGUUUGUGACGCAGGCUCUGAUCCAGCUGUACGCCCGGAUCACCAAGCUGGGCUGGUUCGACUGCCAGAAAGACGACUACGUCUUCAGGAACGUCAUCGCAGACGUGACGCGCUUUCUACAGGACAGCGUUGAGCACUGCAUCAUCGGGGUCACCAUCCUGUCCCAGCUGACCAAUGAGAUCAAUCAG